GGUGCACCAGUAUCGCCGCGGAGCUGCAGUUUCGGUUGUCCGCCUGUUGCGCGAGACCCGGCAUGGAGUCUUGACUCUGGAGGUGUCGCUUCGCUGUGUGCACGCUGCGUGUUGGGAGCAAAGUCAACUGAUCUCAGGAGCGAGCGAGCGGCCUUUGAAUCGACGCCUAAAUGACCCGAUGGCAUCCGGCGUGACGCGAACACGUCGCCGGUGAUACGUGCGACGCCUCGACGGCCCCUCCCCCUCCCGCCCGUCGCCCCCGGUCCUCCAUGGAUUCCUACAACGUGCACUUUGAGAGGAUGAGCGACGUGGACCUGCAUCCUCGGAGCCUGCCCGUCAGCCGGCUGUCGCCGGCCAAGUCCAACGGCGGCCUCGGCGACCAUCUCGCCCAGCACCAGCACGGCAAAGGAGACUCCGCCUACAGCUCGUUCUCUGGCGGGUCGACCGCCCCGGACUACCCGUCCCCGUUCCUCCCCGACGACCUCCAGCCCGCCUCCUUCGGCCACGACGCCGAUCUCAAGUACGUGAAAUCCAUUUGCCAUCCGACCCAGGCCCUGCAGGCUGACUCCAGGCCCGCGGACCGGCUCUACCGCUCCGUAGAAGCCAUCACGCAGCGGUACCGAGACGACACCGGCACCGAGGUCGACCGCCUCGACGGUCUCCACGGCAACGACAAAGCUCUCUCGAAAAAAGAGGGUCGUCUGGGGGCUGACCCUCCCGUCCGCCCUCCUCCGGUGCCGGCACGCCUGGAUAGUUUUACAGCCACGAGGAACUUGGAGAACGGCCGUGUCCACCAUCAAGGGACCGAGGUCCAGCCCAAAGCCGCCGGCCUCCAGCCACAGCCCCGCGGGCCCAUCCCCCACAAAGCCGAGCCGGCUGACCCGGACACUGACCCGGUGUACUCGGUGUGGAGAGGCUCUCAACAGCCGCCGAGCUACCGCCUCCACCUGCAGGCUCGCGACCACGCCGCGGCGCCGCUGACCCCCGAGAGCCUUUCCAUCGCCGGCGAGCAGCAGAAGCCGUCGAACGUCCUGGACCGGUCGCCUCCCGGAGGCGCCGGCCAGCCCGAGCGGCCGAGGCUCCGGCGGCCCUCGAGCGGCGGCGGAUGUAACGGAGACCACCCCGACGGCGGCCAUUUUGAGAGUCAGCGCAAAAGGGCGCACUCGGCUCGCGAUCGACUCGGAUCGGAGCCGACGCCCCGGAGCGCCGGUCCGAGUCUAAUCAACGGCAGCAUCCGGCACAAAGGCCAGUUCUACUUCGUCACCGGAGUGUGUUCGCCCUCGGCGUCUCUGUGCGGCGGCGAGAGCGCGGCGGCGGAGACGCACCGGCUCAGAGAGCGGCGCCACAGCGCCAUGGACCAGCCGUCCGGACCUCUUUGGGAGAGCUCUCGCUCGCCCGGCGGUGCGAUGCCAGACGAGAGGGAGACGUUCGCCUCCCAGAGCGACCUUUCCUUCGGGGACCAGGAGAAUCGGCGCCUCUCGUACGUCUCGACCCGGUCCUCCCGAAGCUUCGACGCCUUGGAGGAAAUCGGCGCUCAGAAUCGAGAUAUCGGGCGCCACACCGCCAACAACCACAUAUUCUACUGCGGCCCGGACGGGAGCCGCCCGCCUCAGGAGGUCGGCUCGCCGCACGGCGGCCGCAAGAGGGAGGAGCCGGCGAAGAGAGGGAAACGGCCGCCGCUGGGGGACGUCGCCAGCGAGAGGAUCAACAAGGAGAUGACGCCGCUGCUGUACCAGCUCACCGGGGCCAGCAGGGCGGCGGCGCUGCUUAAAAAAGAUGCCGAUUUCAGCAUGAAAGGGAACGACGGCGUCCCGAACCGAAGAGGUCGCGAAGACGAGGAGAGAGCGGCGCAGAGCGGCGGCGCUCUGGACGACUCGUUCACCAAGUACUACAAAGAGCAGCUGCAGGACGCGCAGUCGAAGGUCCUGAGGGAGACGUCCUACAAGCGGAGGGACCUGCAGCUGUCCUGGCCUCACCGAGUCCGGCAGAAACCCGAGUCCAGGCCCGCGGCGAUCCACAUCUUCUCCCCGUCGCUGGACUCCGCGACCUCCACGGACACGCUCGCGACCUCCGUGACCUCCGGGGAGACUGAGAGGGGGAGCGUCCGAGGAGAAGUGCGGGAGAGGCAGGAGGAGAAGGAGAAGGAGAAGGACGCCGGCCGGCCGGCCAACGUGGCCCAGCCCCAGGUGGCGCGCGUCGGAGGGCGGAGGCGACUGACCCAAGAGCAGAAGACGAUGUACUUCUCCGAACCGGAGAAGCUCCACCAGCUCGGCGCCGCCCCCCCGGUCCGCUCCGCGUGCCGAUCCUUCGGCAACGAAAGCGAGGCGGAGGAGCGCUGGCCGGAGGGCGAGCGGGGGCUGGUGGCGGCGCGGAGGAAGAUGUUCGAGACGAGAGGCCGCGCGCUCUCGGCCUCCGGCCCGGCGAAGAGCAACUUGAAACACGUGCAGCACAAGGCGCUGGUGGAGUACAUGGAGCGGAAGACGGGCCACAAGGCGGCCGAGGCCUCGCCGCCCAGGCAGAGGCACUCGCUGGGGGAGAAACCCUUCGACUGGGUCCCCAGGACUCACGACGGAAAACACGCCAAGAAGAAACUCCCCAGGCCUCAUUCAGCGGGCCGCAUCCUGGACUCCUCCAGCAGCUCCAUGAGGUACGCCCAGUUCUUCUCGGCUCAGUCCGCGGGCCAGUUGAAUCCGCCCCGGUGGAGGGAGAGCCGGGCUCCGUCUCGGGGGAAGGCCGCCUCGGCCGAGAGUCUCUUGGACCAGCCGGAACCACCGGGCUUCUCCAGGAACCGGUCCACAUCCACGCCGCAUGCGUUCCAGGCGCUGGACUACGAGGAGGAUCCAUCACCAGCUGAUCCUAUGGAGACCUGGAGGCCCCGGACGAAGGCCGCCGAGGAAGACUCCUCCGUGCAGCCGGAGGUCCGGCAGCAGCAGCAGCAGCGCCUCCGUGUGGUCGCCCAGAGGGGGAAGUCCAUGGAGGAGCUCAGGGCGUGGAAGCUGGCGAGACCGUCGGCCAUGAGUAGAAGCUCCGAGCAGCUCGAUCGACUGUGGAGGGAUCCACCCCGAGCGGCGGGACCGGCGGGACCGGCAGGACGGCACCACGGCGGCGAGAGGAGCCUCCCGGUCUUCGCCGGUGAAGCCCAGGGGCGGGACCGAGAGAGGAGGGAACCGACCGGGACGGAGCGAGCGGGCCAGGAGCCAGAGGUCGGAGGUCAGAGGAGCACUCGGGGACCGACCCAGAAGAGGUCUCCGUUGAAGGAGAACUCCGAACCCGGCGUGGACGCCACGGCGGCAACUAAGAGUUGGAGUAGCUCCGCCUCCCCGGCCUCCUGCUGCUCCUCCCGGUCCAGAGUCCAGUCUGGAUCUCGCUGCCCGGUGGCAGACGAGCUCGGGUCCGGCCGACGGCCCGGCGAGACGUCGGCCGACCCGCCUUCCCCCGGAGGUCUGGAGACGAGAGACGGGGCGAUCCGCUCCACCGCGUCCACCCGGACCGAGCCGCCGAGCGCCGGUAGAGUCCGGACCGCGGAGCGAGAGCCGAGCGACGGACCGCCCGACUCGCCCCGAGAAGUGUCCCUGAGCUGCGGCGUCACCACCGACCCGUCGCUGUGGAUCCUCCGCCCGGAGGAGGAGGAGGAGGAGGAGGAAGAGGAGGAGGAGCCGGUGGACGUUUUCGACGACGAGUCCACCGGCGUGGCCCCGCCCCUGCAGACGAGCGAAACCCCUCCGUCGCCCUGCACCGCCGGGCCUGACUCGGACGUCAGUCGGCAGGUGGAGGAGAAGGAGGAGGUGGAGGAGGUGGAGGUGGAGGAGGAACAUCCAGAAACAGAAGAUGAGAAGUCGGGACGAACCCCGGAGGCGGAGGAGAGGGGAUCGUCGGAGGGGGAGGGGGAGACCCCGCAGAGACCCACGUGGGAGGAGCUUGUCGAAGCGAUGGUCAGGGCAGACCAAUCGCUGGGCAGGGCGCUCUACCCGCUGGCCAAUCGGAAGACGGCGCUGAUGCUGAUGGAGCAGCUGCUGUCGGAGGACACGCUGCUGAUGGAGGAGCACUACAAGAAGAAGCAGGAGCAGAGCGGAGCUGCAGGGAGCGCUGUAACGAUCGAAGGGGCUGAAGCGCCUCCUCCUCCUGAAGCGUCGUCGUCUCCUCCUCUCGCCCCCGACGGCCUCAAACCUCCGUGUGCAGACCUGCAGAGCAAAGCCGACGUCGCGGAGAAAAAGAGCCUGUUGGCGUCGUACAUCGAGGAGCGCCUCGGUUCCCUGGAGGAGACGCGCGGCGCCCUCCGGACCGAGGUCCGGGACAACGCGGCCCACGGCGACGCCCUGGAGGCGCUGGUCCGGGCCCGCUGCCCGCCGGUGGAGCUGGAGAGGUACACGCUGUUCAUCGGGGACCUGGAGCGGGUGGUCAGCCUGCUGCUGUGCCUCUCCGCCCGGCUGGCCAGGGUGCAGAACGCCCUGAGCACCGUGGACCAGCACACGGACGCCGAGGAGAAGCAAUCUCUGGACGCUCGCCACCGUCUGCUGUGCAAACAGAGGGAGGACGCCAAGGACCUGAAGGACAACCUGGACCGCAGGGAGAGCCUGGUCUCCACCUUCCUGGCGCGCCAGCUGUCGGCCGAGCAGCUGCAGGACUACCGGCGCUUCGUGCAGACCAAGGCGUCGCUGCUCAUCCGGCAGAAGGACCUGGAGGAGAAGCAGCGGCUGGGGGAGGAGCAGCUGGAGGCGCUGGCCAACAGCCUGUGAGGGGGCGGAGCCACGACGAGCACAGGCUCCUCCCCCUUCCUUCCCUGACUUUCCCUGGAGGAGGAGGGUGGCUUAUUAAAGACAUGCAGAGAGCCGUGCACUUGAGGACCCCCCCCCCCCCCCCUCCCUCGAUGUGUCGCACAUGUGUCGUUGACUUUGACCAGAGCGACGAGACGUCUCCUCCUCCUCCUCCUCCUCCUCCCGUGUGCCUUGAUGUCGCUGUGGAGCGUCUCCAUCAGAGCUGCUGCGUGGACGCCGUCCGUCCCUCACCUGUCCUCCUUCAAGAAGACGUCUGCGUGUCCGUGGAAACCCGUUCUAAGCUUUAAGAUUGUAUUUUGACCUGUGACAAGGCUUCAAUGUAAAAGGGGGGAGGGGGGGGGGCUGCAUCAUGUACAGUAGAUGAAGUUGAUUUUAAUCUCUUUUUUUAUGUUUUAAUUUUCAAUGUUUUACAAAUUUAAGGCACUAAAAACCAAAAAGGGUAAAUGAAAAAAAAAAAGCACUUUGUAAUCAUCCAUAAAUGCACAUUUCUUCAAAUCCGAUUCAAGCCAUUUCAAUUGAAAGCCUUAUUUUAAACUCCAUUUAAACUGUUCACUCAUAAGCAACUUUGAGGACGUUUCCAGAAAAGCUUCCGGCUCAUUCCAGACGUCAUGAAGUCUUGAUGAGUUCCUGCUGGUUCCUCACGAGGGGCUAAACUCUUGAAAGAGGAUUACCAGUCAGCAACCAUUACAUCACUUUCCUCCCUUUGUGUCCCUUUAGUCACGGAGGGGACGCGUAAUACUUGAAACACUUUUAUUUUAUUAAAGAGGAAAGUCCACAAUCUUCACUUCAGGUGUCUUAAACUCAUUUUCUCGUAACCUUUAUUUAAAUCUACUGUCGUUAAAAAUAGAGACUCUUGAAUCAAAGGACUUCAUGUCAUGUUUAAAAGAACCUGCUGUUGCUCUAGUGUGUGUGUGUGAGUGAAAACUCCAAUGAUGUCAUCAAGUGAUCAAAAUGUUAUGUAUGACUGUCCUGAAGCACAGAACCUGUGUAAAUGAUAUUUAUGUUCCGCUGACCACAAAGAGGCCGAAAACGACGAAAAAACAACUGUCGACUAGAAACUCAUGUUGAAAGAUAUUCCUCCCCCCCCCCCCCCCCCCAAGACCUUUCUCAGGAGAUUUACGGCCCGUCGGCUUCCGUUUGCUAAACAAAUGCGUGUUUGUUUUGGCCUUUGUGGACGCGGGCCGGUGUUGUUCCUCGCAGCCGGAUGGAAUUCCUCAAGAAUGCAAAAUGUUGGAGAAUGAGAAAGGGAGAGAAGAGUGGGGGGGGGGGUUGAGGUCGCAGGAAGACGGGCCUGUUUCUGAAGAAGCAUUUGUUUAGUUUGGAACAACAUUGAGACGAACAUAAAGAGAGACGUGUUUCCAUGAGUCUGAGCCGGCGGGAGCAGAGACGUUUCAUAAUCCACAACUUCUGCUCAGUUUCACACGCGUGUGCUUUGUGUGUUUUUUCCUGUGCCUGUUUGGAGUUGUAAAGUCCAGGAUGUUUGUAAUAUUGUGAAUAAAUUAAGGUCUCCCUCUC